CAUCACAACGGCUUGCAUGGCGUCGAGCAGUCUAGCCAAGCGAAGUCACUUACGAAACAUUUGGCAACAUGGCGUCUCCUUGUGCUUCCGUUUUUUCGCGGCACCAGAGUCUUUACAAGUCGAAAACACCGCCCUGGAAAGAAACGUACCGAAACCAGUGCAGGGAGAGGCUUCGAAAAGGAAGGCAAGCCUUGUUCGACUCUUUCAGGAGUACCGGAGAAGCAUGUCACAGCGAACAGCAGCUCCGUUGCUCGGUUACGGAAGUUGUUCGGCAGGAGCUGGACAAAUUUCGGUCUGCGUCGUCUGCGGGCGACAUAGCAAGGAGUGAAGAAAAUGCUGCUGCUGAAGUACCAUGGGACGAGACUGAAUUCAACGAACAGCUAAUGGAAGAGACUCUUGCUGCGCUGCUGGAGGAGGAAUUGAACGUUUGGAAACAGUACGAAAGCAUGCUUGCGUUGCAAAAUCAGGAAGUUGACGCUGCUGUGCACAUGUGGAGCAGUGAUGUCGUGAUAUGCCCUGUCUGCCUCAGAAAUGAUUUGGGCAAGAAAGAAGACUGCAUAAUUUGUGCUUGUGGGCUGAUGAUCCCUACUGCUCUGUCGCUGACAGAAAUCCGGCUGUGUGUCGAGCGUGUUAUCGAGUCUCAUUCGACACGUUGCCCGUCACCUGUAACCUUUUCAAUGAUCGAUGCAUGUGAACCUGCCUUGGUGUGCCUUUGUAACUGCUGCGACUUUAUGAGCAGUGUCCUGUGAAUUUUCUGCUCUCUUCUUUGGACGAUGCACACUUCAGCGUUUUCUUUUUUUGGACCUGCAGGCCGUAAAAGUAAAUAUUGCAGUGGAAUUACAUGAGCCAUGUUAAGUGAAUAUGCGUUUCUUUCCAUGGUGUUCAAAAUUGUGGCAUUCAGUAAAAAGUUUUAAAAUUC